AUGGCGUCCAUAUCGACCCCGCCGGAAGGCAAAUGGGAGUGGCUCGUCGUCGUCCCCGACAAGGCCGGUGUGCACGAGAAGAGGCUAUCUGUUCGCGCGCAACAUCUAGCAGGCACAAAGCCGCUUGAAGAGUCAGGGUUCAUCAAGACUGGAGGUGCCAUCUUCAACGAGAAGCCCGAGAGCCAAGAUGCUACCAAGUUCAGCUUCUACGGCAGCACACUAGUGUGCGUCGCCUCAUCAAAGGAGGAGAUCCUCGAGAGACUGAACAAAGAUAUAUAUGCAACAAGUGGUGUAUGGGAUAUGGAUAAGAUACAGAUCUGGCCUGCUAAGUUUGCAUUCCGCAACCCUUAG